UCAGUGAUUUCGGCUGGGUUUGGACCGGGACAGGAGAGUGAACGGACGGCUCUUCUGCGGGAAGUAAACGCAUGUUCAGGACUUUAUUUCCCGUUUAUACCCCCACUUUUUGUGUUCCAUGUUUAGUGAAAUGAGAAAAUAAUCCACAGAGGAGCAACACUGCAAGGAGUUUGGAGUUGGAAAUAUUUCGGAACGUAGAAGAUGGAGGGGUUAAAGGUCAUUGUAUUGUGUCUUGUCUUUGGAGCCCUGAGUAACGCCCAAUUACCCGAAUGUCACGAGAAGAAGGACUGCCCGAUUGAUGUGUACUUCACCAUUGACACAUCUGAGACCAUAGCACUGCAGGAGAGCCCCCCUGGAUCACUCGUCGAGAGUAUUAAGCUUUUCACUGAGCAAUUUGCGGAUCGUUUAGAAGCAGCCGAAAUUCAAGGUGCGGUGCGAAUCAGCUGGAAAAUUGGUGGACUGCACUUCUCCCAGAGACAGGAAAUCUUCAGCCCUUUCGCCUCCAAGAAUGAUUUUAUCGCUGGUGUCAGGAGAAUCACUUACCUUGGUAAAGGCACCUACACGGAUUGUGCCAUCACUAACAUGACCCAGGAAAUGCUGCGCUCACCCUCAUACCCCAGCGCCCUAAGAUUUGCCGUGGUUAUCACCGACGGCCAUGUGACUGGAAGCCCCUGCGGCGGUAUCAAAGUGGCAGCCGAAAGGGCACGUGACGAAGGCAUCCGUAUUUUUGUGGUGGCGGCAUCUAGGAACGUUGAUGAAACAGGACUCAGGGAAAUUGCCAAUGCGCCGGCAACCGUCUACAGGAGGGAGUUUUUGGCUGUUGAUCUGAGCUCUGGAAGAGCUGUCAUCCAGACGGACACCAUUGACCGCAUCAUUAAGACUAUGAUUCAUCAAUCAUAUGUAGAGUGCUACAAAGUUACGUGCCUCGAGACAGUGGGACCACCCGGUCCAAAAGGCCACAGAGGACAGAAAGGUGCUAAAGGAGAUAAUGGUGAUGCUGGUCCUAAAGGACAAAGAGGUCGUCCAGGUGACCCAGGUAUUGAAGGGCCCAUAGGUCAGCCUGGUUCAAAAGGAGAGCCAGGACUUAAAGGCGAAAAGGGAGAGCUGGGAACUCAAGGAAAAAAGGGUGUAGCUGGCAUUGAAGGACGGAAUGGGACAGAUGGACAGAAGGGUAAAAUUGGACGGAUCGGUGCUCCAGGCUGCAAAGGCGAUCCAGGAGACAGGGGUUCUGAUGGUCAUCCGGGAGAUGUCGGUGAACGUGGUCUUCCUGGAACUGCUGGAGAUAAGGGAGAUCCUGGACGUUCUGGAAGAUCUGGUCCUCCUGGCAAUUCUGGUGAAGCUGGACCAAAGGGGGAAAGGGGAAGUCCUGGAUCACCUGGCUUGCCUGGAGAGAAAGGAUCUGCGGGCACCCCAGGGCUUCCUGGAGCAAGAGGAGAGCCUGGCCGGCGGGGAGAUUAUGGAUCUAAGGGCGGACAGGGACCAGAUGGCGUCAGGGGUGACAAGGGCGAAAUGGGAUCUGAGGGCUUGCGGGGCCUUCCAGGUGAAUCAGGAAACAAAGGAGCAAAGGGGGACAAUGGUCUUCCAGGCCCUAGAGGACCACCAGGCGCACCAGGAGAGUCCGGACGAAAUGGUACAAGAGGUGACCCUGGAGAUGCUGGACCAAGAGGUGAUCCAGGACAAGUUGGACCAAAGGGAGACCCUGGAAGACCUGGCUUUAGUUACCCUGGACCAAGAGGACCUUCGGGUGAGAGAGGAGAGAAAGGAAAUCGUGGACCUCGUGGUGGUAGAGGAGAUUGUGGUGCUAAGGGUGAUCCGGGAAACAAAGGGACCCCAGGAGAGCCUGGGGAACCAGGACCUCAGGGUGAACCUGGACCUAGAGGACCUAGAGGAGACCUUGGUCGUGAUGGAGAUUCUGGACCUGAGGGAGACCCUGGCCUUACUGAAUGUGAUGUCAUGAAUUACAUCAGGGAAACAUGCGGCUGCUGCGAUUGUGAAAAACGCUGCGGCGCUCUGGAUAUUGUGUUUGUGAUUGACAGCUCUGAAUCGGUUGGCUUGACCAACUUCACUUUGGAGAAAAACUUUGUCAUUAACACCAUCAAUCGAUUGGGAUCCCUAGCCAAAGAUCCACAGUCAGAAACAGGCACAAGAGUGGGAGUUGUUCAGUACAGUCACAGUGGAACUUUCCAGGCCAUCCGGCUCAACGAUUCCAAAAUUGAUUCACUUUCUUCUUUCAAGGAUGCAGUGAAGCGCAUGGAAUGGAUCGCUGGAGGAACAUGGACUCCAUCUGCUCUUAAGUACGCCUACGACAAUCUGAUCAGGGACAGUCGUAGAGCUAAAGCCAAUGUCACCGUGGUUGUUAUCACCGAUGGACGCUUCGACCCCAGAGAUGAUGAUUCAUUGCUGACCUACCUAUGCAGUGAUCCUAGUGUCGAUGUGAGCGCUAUUGGUAUUGGAGACAUGUUCGACCAGAUUGAGGAGAAUGAAAUUCUGAAGAGUAUAGCCUGCCAGAGAGAUGGAAGGGUGCUAGGCAUGAGGCGAUUUGCUGACCUGGUGGCUGAGGAGUUCAUUGACAAGAUUGAGACCGUCCUCUGCCCAGAUCCUAUUGUCGUUUGCCCUGACCUGCCUUGUAAGACAGAGCCUGCUGUGGCCAGCUGUGUGCAGAGGCCAGUGGAUGUGGUGUUCCUUUUGGAUGGUUCAGAGAGGAUGGGACUGGAGAACCACCGCAGGGCGAAGGAAUUCAUUGAGAACGUGGCUCGCCGCCUCACCCUCGCAGAUGGCCAGUCAGAUGAAAGGAAUGCCCGUUUUGCGUUGGUGCAGUACGGCAGCCCAGGAGAACAGCGAGUAGAGUUCCCACUUACGCACAAUCUAACGUUGAUCUCUGACAAGCUGGCGGGAGUGACCUACAUGGACUCUUCUUCUGCUCUGGGCAAUGCAAUCAUCUAUGCCAUCAACAGUGUGGUUUAUCGAUCAGGCCCACAGAGGAACCGCUUGGCUCGUCGCAACGCAGAGCUGGCAUUUGUGUUCAUCACUGAUGGCAUUACAUCCAGUGAGCAGCUGGAGGAGGGCGUGUCCUCAAUGAAGCGAGCUGAGGGUGUUCCCACAGUGAUCGCCCUUGGAAGUGACACAGAUGAGGAGGUGCUGCGGAAGGUGGCACUCGGUGACAUGUCGUCCAUCUUCCGAGGCGAUGACUACAGCAUGUUGAACAAGCCAUCUUUCUUUGAGCGUUUCAUCCGCUGGAUAUGCUAGUGAGGAACUGUAAUGAUGCUCAAUGCCACAUAGAAUUAGAAUUUCUAGAACGAAAGAAGGAGCAGUCCUUCAGUGUACACGUGAACACGAACACACCAAAAAACACUCUAUGAGCAUCAUCAUAACCGAAUGUAAAGCACUGAUGCAGCUUGAUGUCCCACUGCUAUGAGUGGAGAUUGUUUUACAAAAUGAAAACACCAUUCAAGUUGGGUCAAUAAUACAGUAUUUCUCCAGUUGGUUCUAUUCAUUCUAACUCUAUGGUCAGCUGUGCAGCACCAACAACCUCAUCAAAGAUUUGUAAGACAUGCAUUUGUAUGGAAUUAAUUGUAGGCUUUGUUUUGAGGUUUUUUCUCUUUCACUGUUAUCACAAAAUCAGUAUCUACAUGAAUGGUGCUAAACUAGGGAAAAGGACAAAGCCAUUAGUAGUUCUGAUAACCUUUUGCAAUAUCCUAUACUGUACAACAGUUUGUCUGGGGAAUGAAGACAAUCUUGCGUAUCCCACACACAUGCACAGAAUCAGCCAAAGCAGCACAAAUCUCAAAUCAACAACUGUAAACAUGAAAUCCAAAUAAAGCCAAAUGUGGUAACUCCAA